AUGCAAAGAAAAAGGCAAUAUGUUUAUGCUGAUCUGUUACUUGACUCCACUACUGGUGUGCUAAUACACUCAUUGAAGCUUCUGUCAUCUGACAGUGGUUUAAGAUUAUUAAUAAGUACAUUAACUUCAUUAUCAAUACAACUCAACAACUGUUGGCUAAUACUGACAUCCACUGAUGAGAAAUGUUAUCAUUUCAGUGGUAAUAUACCAGCUAACAUUGCUAAGCUACAGGCAUCACUAUUAAUACACCGUAAGCUGCACACUGGCUACAGUGUUAAGGUAUUGUAUGCAUUCAGCUAUGAUGAUGUGGGGAAACUAGUGAAGGAUCUUAUUGAACUGAGACUGAGUGAAGCACCAUUGGAAUGGAAUGAAAGUAGAGAAUGGCUAAAAGAGGAUUUCACACAACAAGAGUUAUUCCUUAUCUCAUUCCCUUGUAUAAACAGCUAUAGUGCACAGCUGAUGUUAAGAGGAAAGUGUCUAAAGGAUUUAUUGAUAAUGUCACUGGAGGAAUUGCAGGCUAACUUCCCUACACUACCAGUUAGAUCAUUAGAGAUGUUUUACAAGAUCUGUAAUCUUGAGUCUAGUGUCUAUUGUGACUUCAGUAACGAAGAACAGAAUGUUCCUCAAACACUCUCACCAUCACCUCACUCUUCACCACACCCACCGCUUAAUCUUUUUGGAACCGAUAUUGAUACCACAGACUGGAACAAAUCAGAACUUGAGAUGAUUCAUGCUAACACCUCAAAAAGACACAGAUCACUUCCUCCCCCCUCUUCCUCCUCUUCUAUUGCUCCUUUAUCUACAAAUACUACUAUCAUACCAACAGAUCAAUCAAAAGAUCCAUACCAUCAUUCAUUUAUAGAUCUCACUGUUAAUACUGGACUACCAACUAAUGCAGACCUGCCAAUAUCAUUAAGACAAGUUGACGGUGCACUUAUUAAUGAAACUGCUCAACUUCCUAUUAAUAAUUCACUGCCUAUGAACCUCACUGCUGAUGGUAGUAAUGUAUUAGACCAAUCUGCUAUUAAGGAUACUUCUCUUAGCAGUGAUAUAAAAGCAUUGCAGUCUACCCAUCAUAAUGAAGACAAAGAAUCAGGGAUUAAUUCACAUUUAUCUUUCCCUCCUAUCUCUCACUCCUCCUCUCGCUCUUUGUUACAAAGACGACCUUUUAAAUCUCUUGAUCUUGGCUUUGAUACAAGCAAUGGCUCUCAUACACCACUAGUGACCAAUGACAGACCAAUGGUACUAGGAGGAGGUAUACCAGUUGAUAAAAGGAUAGAGAGAAGGGAUAAGAGGCUGCCUGUACUAUUAGAGAGAGGUGUAAAGAGAGGCCCUUCAACACAUACUGGUCUUAUGUUAGAUACUGCAGCUCCAGUAGACCAUAGAUUAUCAUUAGAGAGAAGAGGUCUGUCAUUAGAAAAGGAGUUUUUAGUAAAUAAAAGGACACAGUCAAGUGGCGGACAGUCUUUAUCAAGUGAGACAUUAAUCCCAUCACAUAUCAGAUAUGGAGUAGCUACUAGAAGCUCACUGUCAAAUAAUGAUAGUCACCAAGAACAUAAUCUUCAUUCAUCAACCUUAAACAGUGUCCCUACUUUUGGUCACUCAUUUGAUAAUACAUCAUUCACCCAUUACUCCUCCUCUUUGUUCCCUCCAUCUUUCAAGGUACGUCGAAAGGAUACCUGAUAUCAGACUGAUAGGCAAACAAUAAUAUCAUUAAUGAUGAUUUAAUUAUUGACUGAUUAUCACUUAGUAACUAAUACUUAGUAAUCAAUCAUGCAGAUAUUAUUGUAAAUUUUAAGAUGUAUUUGAUACAAGA